GUGGAUCGUUACGUAAGCCGAGGGACAAUUUCCCACGAUAGGCUUUACCCCAACGCAUCGGCCAAGCCGUUCAGCUUCAAGCCUUGACAUAUGGCCCUACAGGGCCCUUUCUCUGAUCCUAGCUCAGGUCUAGGGGGGGUCUCUGGAUUUGUUGAAGCCUGUCCCCUCCCAGACAGCCUACCGUUUGACAUCCUGACCAUAAUUGUGUCAUUUGUCGACUCUAUCCAUGACCUUCGCAAUUUGGCCUGCGUCAACAAGGGCCUUCGUUUGGAGGCGGAACGCAUCAUUUACGCGUCGCCGUUGAUUAGAGACGCCUUUUCUCUAGAAGGAUUCCUGGAGUCUAUAGUUUCUAGACCAGAGCGGGGCUCUUUUGCGAAGUCCGUGUCCUUGGCGCUCUAUGGCCAGGAUGUUCAUCUUCGCCGACCGAAGCGGCCCGUCGGCAAUGGAUUUUCCAUAUCGUCCCUACGUUCGAAAAUCGAAGGCAUUUAUUAUUCGUUUCAAGCGUGGGAUGGAGGGCUACUUUCGCGAGCACUCUCUCUGGCCCCAAAUUUGGUGGAGAUCGAUUUGAAGCUUCCGGAAAGUGAUUAUUCACUCGCGAAUCCCGAAUCAGUUCUUGAUCGCACACCUCACUCUGUACCUAACUCUCUCUCACACUACUUGACAGUGAUGGAGAAAGGAGCAUAUUACUCUUCAUCGCUCCGACCACUCAAUCUCUAUGCACCUCCACGUAUCUUGGAAGCCCCUUCCAUGCCGAAUCUCGCCAGAAUCAGGGGUGAUCCAGAGGUCAUCGAAGCUCUCUCUCCGUUUCGUCCCGUCAAGGACGUCACCCUUUUGUGCCUGAACCACGACCCCUGCGGCGUCGCCAGCGCCCUUCGAACCAUGGCGCUAUCCAGUGGUCCUGUUGAGAGACUCUACAUGGAUGCAGGUCCGGACGGCGGCUUCCACCUCAGCUUUCUGGGCGGAGUUGGUGGAGUGUUGCGCUCGCUCCGUGUGCUGUGUAUUUCAGUUGCAUCAUUCUCCAGGGGAGGAGAGAGCACUACAACCGUUGCCGGCGACAUCGAGAGGGGCCUAGUAUCACUGCCUAAUCUGGAGGUAUUUGAGAUUGUGAGAGUGAAUUUUCGCCAUGGACCUACUGCGGAACUUUGGUUAUCCGUUCCUCAAGAAUGGGAGACGCGCGAGGUUGGGCAGGAGUGGCACCUACAGUUACCAGAGCUUGGUACUGUGGGGAGCGUUUGCUUUAACCGUAUCGGUUCGCAGUGAGUUCAUUUUAGAAUCCAAAAUUCGCAUUCAUGGGCUACAACUGGAGCCAGCCUACAUGCCCCAUGAGAAUUGACUAGAGUUUGUAUAAUGACUGAACAUGAGUGGAAGCACAAGAACAAAUGUACGAGAUCGGGUGACAACAUCAUUUGGACAUGAACGUGAUCGUAAUCAAUGCUUGUACAAAUCGAUAAUAAAUAUGAUAAAGAAGUGGCGAUAGGAGCAAUCAAGGUCGUGUGUAGUGACUCAGGAUGCCGG